AUGAAUCUUAACAAAAGUGAAGUGAGUCUUUCAUCUUUAGAUACUUUAAAGCCUCAGUUAAGCUGUGAUACUAAUAAGGAAAAUUACCUUCAUAUAAACAACCAAAAAUCGCAAUACAUAGAAAAUAAUACUGAAACUAACAUGAAACAUGAUAAUUUUGAAAAGUCUAAUAUAAAGAAAAAAUAUAAAAAAAAUCUUGUUUGGGAUGGACCAAGGUGGGACUUGGCACAUUUUGAUCCAGCAAUGAGUGCCAGAGAAAGAAAAAAACUUGUAUAUUACGACGCCCUCUUCAACAAACUUGAGAAUAAUGUACUGCUGAAUUGCAAUGAACACAGAAAUAAAAAUUUGAAGAAUCAAAACCAGAAGAGGAGAAUUCGUAACAACAUUUCAGAUACAAAUUCCAAAAAUCAAUUGGAUGAUUUAAAAGAAAUGAAAGAGAAACACAUCGACCAUACUGAUUUAGAAACUAGUUCUAAAUCAGAGAAAUAUAGUAAAAUUAAUCAACAGAAUCCUAUGAAUUCUUAUAAUUCUGAUCAAAUUGGUAUUUUAUUAACUCCUGGUAGAAAUGUUCCACAAAGUGAAAAUAUUAAAUCAUCUAUUUUAGAAGAAUCUGAAAACUGCAUCAAAUCGACCAAAAAUAAUCAAAGUUCGGUGAAUGAAGGGGAAAACAGUAGCAUUCGAAGAUCUAAUGAUUGGAGAGUAAAGUUAUUGAAUAAAAGAUGCUCUCUACAAGCUACACCUUACAGAGCGGCGACACCGUAA